ACGUUUCACACGCUGACUGAAAGAAGAAAAAAAAACAAAAAUAAUAAAAAAAAACCACAUGAUUUUAGAUAGAGAGAGAGAGAGAGAGAGAGAGGGAAAAAUUUGUCCAUUCAUACAGAACAAAUAGCGUCGUUCGACAGCGUCGUAAAAGCAACGCUGUGAACGAGCUCUUAAGACACAAGUGUAGUCGAAAAUUGUUCCACAAUACUUGCAGUUGGCGACGCGUGAUCUACGUCAAGAUCAGUGAAAUCUCCUCUCGUUGUUAGACGUUGUUUACUCAGCUUUCCGAACUACGUUUAGUGUUCCUUUACUUCGCCUAGCGGACAGUGCGCUUGGCAUUUAGUCGACGAUCCGUUCAUGACGUUUAGAUACCUGGAAAAUCGGAUCUGAACCUCUUCACACACAGAGACCGGACCAAAAUGGCGGACAUCGGCCCGGAAGUUACCGUUAGAAGGCCCGUUUAUCAGCUCAACGAACUGCAACGCGUCUGCGAUUACACGAAGCCCAAAACACCGAUCGGUAAAGCAGUCUCGAAGAAGUGCCGCAGCUUCAGCCUCGGCGAUUUUUUACGCCGGACGAUUCCUCUGACCAAUUGGCUCCCGAAAUACGGAUGGAGACGCGAAAUAUCCGGCGAUCUUGUCGCUGGCGUCACCGUCGCCGUUAUGCACAUUCCGCAGGGUAUGGCCUACGCCAUAUUGGGAAACGUGUCUCCGGUGAUCGGUAUCUACAUGGCCUUCUUCCCGGUCUUGGUCUACCUCUUCCUCGGCACGUCGAAGCACAACUCGAUGGGUUCGUUUGCCCUGGUCUGCCUGAUGACCGGUAAGAUCGUCGCUCGGCACAGUUCACCGGGACCUACAGCCGGAAAUGCGACCGCCGUAGAUUUGUCUUUUCCCGAGGGAAGCGGCUGCUAUUCAUCGACGGAAGUGGCAACCGCGAUCACUUUCACAGUUGCCGUUAUCCAGCUCAGCAUGCACUUUUGUCGACUUGGCGUCAUUUCCACCCUGCUUUCGGACACUUUGGUCAGCGGGUUCACCACCGCGGCAGCCAUCCACGUCCUCACGUCACAGAUCAAGGAUCUGUUGGGGCUGAAGCUACCCAGCCGAACGGGUAUCUUCAAAAUCGUCAUGACCUACGUCGACAUCUUCAGCUACAUUGAAAACCUCAACAUCACCGCGACCAUUCUGUCCGCAGUCACGAUCAUCCUUUUAACGUUCAACAACGAAGUGUUGAAGGUUUUGCUGGCGAAAAAGUGCACGAUUCCCAUACCGAUCGAAAUGAUAGCAGUUCUCGCUGGCACGAUUCUCUCCACUCAGUUGAACCUGGCCGACGGUUACGGCGUUACGACAGUCGGGAACAUCCCAGUCGGUUUACCACCACCGACUUUGCCGCCACUGGAACUCGUUCCCAUAGUUUUGGUCGACAGCUUCGUUAUAACCAUGGUUUCUUACACCAUAUCGAUGUCCAUGGCUUUGAUAUUUGCUCAGAGGAACAACUACGAGGUUGAUGCAAACCAAGAACUCCUGGCUCAAGGUUCGGGUAACCUGGUGGGUUCCUUUUUCUCCUGUAUGCCGUUCACAGCCUCGCUGUCAAGAUCAAUGAUCCAGGAAACGGUCGGGGGUCGAAGUCAACUGGCCUCUUUAGUGUCUUGCGGUCUGUUGCUCUGCGUGCUGCUCUGGGUCGGUCCGUUUUUCGAGCCGCUUCCUAGGUGCGUUUUGGCGAGCAUCAUCGUCGUCGCGCUCAAAGGAAUGCUGCUGCAAGUCAGGCAGUUCCGGAAGUUCUGGUGCCUCUCUCGGGUCGACGCUGCCGUUUGGAUGACCACCUUCCUCACGGUCGUCUUCCUCGACAUUGAGUACGGGCUUUUGGCGGGUAUGAUCGUGUCGUUGGUUUCGUUACUUAUUCUAUCGAUGCGGCCUUACGUGUGCAGGAUGGGCCUGGUGCCUGGAACCGAGAUUUACCUCGACGUCAAGCGUUACAGAGGAACAGUCGAGUUGCCUGGGGUAAAAAUGCUCCACUAUUGCGGUGGGCUGAACUUCGCUUCCCGCCAUCUUUUCCGAAACGAGGCUUACAAGAUCGCCGGGGUUGUGCCUCAGAAGGAACUGAUAAAGCGGUCGAAAAUCGCGGCCAAAGAGACGACGAAGGUCGAAAAAACCGAGCAAAAGGGAUACGUCAACGGAGGAUUUGACGAGGAACAUGCCGACGGAUUUUCGAGUACCACCCCGAGUAUCUUGAAAGUCUUGAUAUUGGAUCUCUCGGCGUUGACUUACGUCGAUCCAGCCGGCGUUGGAACGCUUCGCAACAUCAUCGACGAGUUCGAGACAAUACAGGUCGCGGUUUAUAUAACCGGAUGUUCUGGUCCCGUCUACGAAACGAUGAGAAAGUGCAACACUGCCGAGAGAAAGGAGGGUCACUACUUCACAAUGUUUCCGACGAUCGGGGACGCGGUGAACUUCGCACUUCACAAGAGAUCCUUCACUCUGACCUCGGCACGCGAUUCCUCGCUGAUCCAGACCCACGAGAUUCAUCCAGACGAGGACGAAUGCUGCUCGAGCAGAUUAUGACCAAAGCUCUUUUUUAGACCUAAAUCGCGUUGCGGACCUGCUGUAGGAAUCGACCGCAACGUAACAUCGACAUCGCGAAGUUCAAUUUACUGGAGAAGAACGCUUGUGGCAGUCCGGAUCACGAUGUUGAUUUUCGAAAAUUGAAAUCAAGCAGGCUUGGAGCGAUCGCAAUUUCGAGUCGUACAAUAAAAUUCUCGGUUGACCCUACCGGCUAUAAAUUUACCAACGCAGGCGAUUAUAGCUUACGUAAUCCGUUGGAUAAAUUGGUAACUAUAUGGAUCGCGGGGAUCACGUGACACGUAAUAAAACGAAAGUGGAGUGAAUAUUUAUCGAAGCUUAUACGGCGAUAUCGUUUUAUUUCCGGUGGAACGUACGCGUGUAGGUGAUUUAUUUUAUUCCCGAUGGGCAUAAUUUGCGAAGGUAUUCGAUUGCGGCGUUAAAAAAAGGCAAUAAAUAAAACGAAACUGCGAAUCACAGUUAUAUCAUGUCAUAAUACCAUUUGCAGAGCCGUCUGUGUAUAACUUGCAUUCGGAAUUAUACAUUAUUAUCAUGUAUCUAUACGCACACAGAUUUAAUAUCGUAAAAAUUCUUCGGCUGUUCAGAUUCGAGGAGAAAACUAUAUAAUUACAAAAUGUGAUUGAUAAAUAUUUGAUUACAGAUUACUCAAUAUGUGUGACAUAAGAUAGGCGGCCCAAGUGGCGGAUUCAACGUAUUAUAUAUACCUUGAAAUCUACCUAAGUAGGUAUAUGGAAUUAUAUGCCAGCGCGUUACUCGUGUAACCAAGAUUUCGUCGCUGUUAUGAUUUACGCGUUGAACGGCAAUUCAUAGUCGCGUCUUUCGCAGGGCGCAAUAAAAAUUUUAAACCCGCAAUAUAGAUGGGCCAUCCAUGUAUAAUUUUAAUUAUCGUUAUUACGGUCGUUACGGUGAGAUUUUAUAAUUAAUUAGCAGCCCGUCAUUCAAGAUAAUGGCAUAAAUUUGUUAAAAAUAUUCACGAAUGUUUUACACUGCAAUUUUAUGCGAUGCGUUUAUAUUACUUACGGAAUUCGCACUCAGAGGUUGGCUUAAGAAAUGAAAUUAGAUUGGAAAUAAAUAUUACCAAUAUCAACAGUAAUGAGAUCAGAAUUUAUCAAGUCACGAGUAUGAUUGAAAUAAAGAGAAACAAAAUAGAGAAACUACGAUAAUUUAUUGGCGGUCUUUAAUCAGGUGAGUAUGUAUAAAUAUUCGGCCUCACAGUAGAUGAUUAAAAGUGGUGAAAAUCGAGACUUCCGGAAUGACACUUCUUCUAAUUCUAAACGUAGAAAGCACGAAGAAAAACUUUGUAAGUAAUAAACGAAGGUUUUGAUUAUUGGAUCUAUAGAAUCGAA